AUGCGAGGCUCGUCUCUACUCCCUAAACAAUUGCGCUCCCUAGGCAAAAGCGACAGCUGGUUGAACCGCACAGUCACAUCCAACCUUCUUGCUGUUUCACACGUUGCUUGCCAGCAUCCGAUUCACACGAUUGUGGCCAUUGCCCUGUUCGCUAGCACGUCAUAUGUUGGUCUCCUCCAAGAGAGCUUGUUUGACAGCGGUAUCAAAUCUCUGCUACACAAUGGCCGGGUAGAUGUUGGAGCAUUGCUGCAAGGGAGCAGAACCCUUGAACUGUCCAAGAAUACUGCGUGGAAAUGGCAGUUCUCUGACGAGUCUACAAUUCCACACAUCUCACAGGGUCCCAACCACUAUGCCCUCACUACGUUCGUGUUUCCCGAUUCUUCCUCCUCUCGGCUGGCUCCUGAAGCCAGUGUGGUCCCAAUACCGGCCAAUGUCUCCGCAACGAAUAUCCCGACCACCUCGAACUUGCUCUCGCCGAUAUCGCAUGACACCUCGCUCGCUUUCUAUACUCCCUUCUCCGAGCUCGCUGACUUUCUGCGAGCCGUCCAGGAACUACCGGCACAAAAUGCUCCCUUAGAUGACGCGGGAAAUUCACUCUGGAUCAUGAAAGCUGCCCGACUAAAUGGAAACGGCCCUCGUGGUGCCUAUCGAACGUGGCUGAGCGAAGGCUGGACUUCUUUUGUCGACCUGGUGAAACAUGCGGAGACACUGGACAUAAUCAUUAUGUCCCUGGGCUAUUUGUCAAUGCAUUUGACAUUUAUUUCUCUGUUCCUCUCCAUGAAACGCCUUGGCUCUAACGCCUGGUUGGCCAUCUCGGUCAUGCUGUCCAGCCUCUUCGCAUUCCUCUUUGGACUGGUGACGACCACCAAACUCGGAGUUCCAGUCAACAUGGUUUUGCUGUCAGAAGGCCUCCCCUUCCUCGUUGUUACCAUCGGGUUCGAAAAGUCCAUCAUUUUGACCAAAGCCGUUCUAUCCGCUUCCUACGACACCAAACGUCGACCCGCCGAAAAUGGCCCUGCCAAUGGAAGUGCUCCUAGUCCACCAAAUUCCAUCCAAGACGCCAUCCAGAUUGCCGUCAAGGAAACAGGCUUCGAGAUUGUCCGUGACUAUGCCAUUGAAAUUGCAAUCCUCAUUCUUGGGGCAGCUUCCGGAAUUCAAGGUGGUCUGCGACAAUUCUGUUUCCUAGCGGCAUGGAUCCUUGUAUUUGACUGCGCUUUACUCUUCACCUUCUACACAACCAUUCUCUGCAUCAAGCUGGAAAUCAACCGAAUCAAGCGACACGUUGCGCUUCGCAAAGCACUCGAAGAAGACGGCAUCAACCAGCGCGUGGCUGAGGACGUGGCUACGAACAAUGAUUGGCCUAUCGGGCAAUCCGACCAGGCAGCAGGAUUCAAUAUCUUUGGUCAGAAGAUCAAGGCCAGCAGCGUGCCAAAAUUCAAGAUAUGGAUGGUGACUGGCUUCGUCGUCGUCAACCUGAUCAAUCUUUGCACCAUUCCGUUCCGCACCGCCCGAAGUAUCAAGUCUCCCGGCACCACGAUGCCAAGUGUUUUGACCCCCUCGCCCAUUGAUCCAUUCAAGGUGGCAGAAAACGGUCUAGAUGCAAUCUACGUUGAUGCGAAGAGCAACAAGGUGGAGACGUACGUGACAGUGCUCCCACCGAUCAAAUACGAAUUUGACUAUCCCUCGCUUCAUCAUGCCGACUCCCAGGACCACCUCGGGUUUUUCGAUCACGAGUAUACCGAUCAACUCCUCAACGUCGUGGGCGGUCGGGUGAUUGAGGGAGUCCUCAAAAGUCUAGAAGAUCCGGUUUUGAGCAAAUGGGUACUCAUUGCGCUGACCCUGAGUCUCAUACUCAAUGGAUAUUUGUUCAAUGCUGCUCGAUGGAGCUUGAGAGAGCCACAAUCGACCACGAGCUCUCCAGCUGCAUCCAAACCGCCACAGCUCGAGUUGCCUGUGACACCAAAACAACGACCGACCGAACUGGACCUCACAGGCGGCUCUACCAGAUCACGAGCUGAAUGCGAGCAAAUGCUCAAAGACAAAAAAGCUGCCUACCUCACCGAUGAGGAGCUGAUUGACUUGUCCCUGCGAGGCAAGAUUCCUGGAUAUGCUAUCGAAAAAACGCUGGAGAAUCCCGAAGUUAUGACGCGGCUGGAAUCCUUGGUUCGAGCAGUCAAGGUACGAAGAGCCGUGGUAUCCCGGACUCCAGCCACCAAGCACGUCGCUGCAACGUUUGAAUCUUCGAAGACACCAUACAAAGACUACAACUACGAACUUGUCCAUGGGGCCUGUUGCGAAAAUGUCAUCGGAUAUUUACCCCUUCCCUUGGGUAUUGCCGGGCCGCUCCUCAUUGACGGUCAGAGCUACUUUCUGCCGAUGGCCACAACAGAAGGCGUUUUGGUGGCCAGCACGAGCCGUGGGUGCAAAGCCAUCAAUGCCGGCGGCGGGGCCGUAACCAUCGUAACUGGCGAUGGCAUGACUCGAGGACCCUGCGUUGGUUUUCCGACUCUGGCCAGGGCUGGAGAGGCCAAGGUGUGGUUAGACUCGGAAGAAGGCCAGCAGAGAAUGCGAGAAGCAUUCAACUCUACGAGUCGAUUCGCUCGAUUACAAUCGAUGAGAACUGCUUUAGCAGGCACCUACCUGUACAUCAGAUUCAAAACAACCACCGGCGACGCCAUGGGGAUGAAUAUGAUUUCUAAAGGAGUUGAAAAAGCUCUCUCCGUCAUGGCUAACGAGUGUGGUUUUGACGACAUGGCCACGAUUUCUGUCUCGGGUAAUUUCUGCACAGACAAGAAACCGGCGGCCGUGAAUUGGAUUGAUGGUCGAGGAAAGGCGGUGGUUGCCGAAGCUAUCAUCCCAGGCGAUGUCGUGCGCAGUGUUCUGAAGAGUGAUGUGAAUGCCCUCGUCGAGCUCAAUGUAUCCAAGAACUUGAUUGGCAGCGCCAUGGCGGCCAGCAUUGGAGGAUUCAAUGCCCACGCUUCCAACAUUGUGACGGCAAUGUUCUUGGCCACCGGUCAAGAUCCGGCCCAGGUUGUUGAGAGCGCGAACUGCAUCACGAUUAUGAAGAACAACAAUGGAAACCUCCAAAUUAGUGUAUCCAUGCCGUCAAUCGAAGUCGGUACAAUCGGUGGAGGAACCAUUCUAGAGGCACAAUCAGCGAUGCUCGAGAUCCUUGGUGUCCGAGGAUCUCAUCCAACCAAUCCAGGCGACAAUGCACGGAAACUCGCCAGGAUCAUUGCAGCCGCAGUGCUCGCUGGAGAGCUCAGUCUCUGCAGCGCUUUGGCCGCCGGUCAUUUGGUCAAGGCGCACAUGGCGCACAACCGAAGUGCAGUUCCGACUCGAGCAACGACACCAGUAUCUGCUGCAGUAGAGCCUUUUCUUCGAGCUCAAAAUGGGCCGACGAUUCCACUGUCUCUCAAAAUGACGAACGGGAAAUGCGUCGGUGACAAGAUUAACCCCUCACGUUGA